AUGUCAUCGAUUAUCCUCAGACAGAGUCCUAUAAAUGUAGACCUGACGAGGCGACCUUUCUAUCUGGUUAUCGAAGAGGAUAUAUCACCUACACUCAGUGUCUUGAUACGGUUCAUUAUUGUCAAGUACUACACAAGGUAUUACAGCUUCUGCAGCAUCGGACAUGACUUCUUGACCGACGUAACUAUGGCACGUAUAAAACUAGAUGCCACAGGAUCGGAUUUGAGCUACCGCCGUUUACAGCUGGCCAUCGAUAACGGCUGCCAGGCCUUUGUAGUGGAUGAACCGGGUAUACUAUGGUUUCUGGAUCAGUAUGUUCCGGCGCACCACAGCUCACAGCAACGAUCAAUGGACAAAAGUGUGCUGCUCCUAGUAACGAAGAGCAACAGUGUUACCAUGCUAAAGCUUAUUUCUCAACAUGUGUCCCUGAGAGGUAUUCCAGAUGCUUACUUGGCAGCGUUUCUGGAAUACAACCAAGACAUAACGAUAUUGAUCGAUUCAUUUCUGAUUCUAGACAUCCUUAAUGUCCUAAUAAUCGCGUACAAUGCUGAGAAUUUACGUCCGGAUCGGUUGUACACCACACUUAUCUCCUUCGCGGGAGUACAGCAAGCCAAUCUGAAUCAUCGGACAUCACUCCGGAACAUCAGGGUCGAUUGGAAGAACUGGAAAACAACUCAAUUUUUUCCCGACAAAUUGGCUGAUCUUCAGGGAUUCGACCCGGGCUUGGGCAAUGCAUACGAUUCAGAUACAGGAGAACGUUCUAUUUGGUUGGACGGUACUGAUCUGAGGCUUUUGGUAUCCUUCUGCGAUCGGCGAAACUGUAACAUUCUCGUCUUUACCGAAGAUGAGGACGAGUGGGGUACAGUUUACGCAAAUGGCAGUGGAAACGGAGCAAUGGGAGGUGUAGCAGAGCGUCGUACAGAUCUGGCCCUCGGAUCCAUAUGUUACUGGCUAGGACCAUACAACUUCACUGAUUAUACGAUGAGCAUUAGCGGUUCGGGAGUAACGCUGCUAGUACCAAGACCUCAUAUGCUCCCGUUUUGGUAUACUCCUUUUCUCUCGUUCUCCGGUGUACUCUGGGUGGCUGUACUUUGCACCUUAUUUGCCGGCAUCGGUGCUGCUUGGUAUAUCGGAUACUUCCGAUAUCGCUUGCUCACAUCAUGCAACGUGGAACAACAGAUUCAGAACGUGGCGGAGCAGCUUUCGUUUAGCGAUGCAAUCCUCAUGGUCGUCGGAUUCUUCGUCGCACAAUCCGCCUCGAUCCGCACAGAUUUGUGGUCGUGUGUGAUACUGUUUGCGUCCCUUCUGUUGGCCGGCUUUAUGGUGAGCAAUUGCUACAGCGCAGGACUGGCUAGCGUAAUGACGGUGCCACAGUACGAACAAUCCAUCGACACAGUGAUCGAGUUUGCCCAAAGCGGACUCCAAUGGAUUAGUCCAACAGAUAUCGUUUUGUAUGCAAUAUCUAGUUCGACGGAGCCUCAUAUGAAGAAAAUUGCGUCCUCCAUCGUAUUGGUCACGAGUGCUCGGACAAUGCAGUAUGCCCGCCAAGGACGGUUCGGGUUUAUUAUCGCACGAGCGCAGUAUGGCAAUUUUGCGCCGAGUCAUUUCCUUGAGCGAAAUACAUCCAAGCUGUAUCAGAAGCUGCUAGACGAUAUGUACUAUCAAAACUGUGCGGCAAUUAGCACCAAAACUAACCCACUGUUAGCUCAUCUGAACGACUACAUACUGCGCGUGCAGCAGUCGGGCAUCCUGUACUACUGGGGCAGCAUAGUCGGCAUGCGAUACCAACCAACGGACGUGUUCCGUAACAUCGAGAAUGCACGGCAACAUCAUCACCUCGGCGAUGGAGCGAUUCGUCUCCAAAUUGGUCAUUUUAUUGGAGCAUUUUUCAUUCUGGGUUACGGUUUGCUCUGUGCCGGGUUUAUCUUUCUGUUGGAAGUCUGGGGCACCGAGGUGAUUAGCCGUUUGAAGCGGAAGGUACGGUCGAUAGGUUUCUAG